UACUCAGAUAGAUCCCCACAAUGUUGCUGCUUGGUCUGUUAACCUUACAAGUGCUCUUCUUUGUGGACUGCUACCCCAAUGGGGCUCCCACUGGUGCUUGUGAGGAUAUGAUGCCUCGGCAUGCAGGAGUUUCACCUCAGACAUCUCCAGCUCCCUACACAAUUCUCACCAACACCAAGAAGUAUCAGCCUGGAAUGCCUGUUACAGUCACUAUUAUAGGACCCGAAUACAGAGGAGUGCUUCUGGAAGCCCGGAGAAAAGGCUUCAAUGACGCUUAUGGAAGCUGGAAACACCCUCCCCCAGACACCAAAUUCCUCCAGUGCUCAGGAAACCCACAAGGUGCAAUAACUCAUGCCAACACCAACCUGAAGGGCAACACCACGGUCUACACCUGGAUACCACAUGACACUAUGCACCCUGUGUAUUUUAUGGCCACAGUGGCUCAGCAGCGCACCAUCUACUGGCUAAAUGUGAUGUCCAGCACGCUGACCAAUGAGAAUCCGGGUGGUCUUAAGCUGGCUACAGAUGCAAGUGCUGGAAUGGCUGAAGAUAAACCUCUCCUGCUCUUUGCAAUGUGUUUUUUGAUGUCACAGAUUCUGGGAUAAACACUAAAUUUUUCCUUCUUUGGCAUUUCCUGGCUGUUUUUGUGCAUUAAAGUGAAAUAUACCAAGGAAA